CUGGCGGUCGAAGCGUUGAGACGUCUGUUCGCGGUUAAAAACUCAAACUGUAGAGCGCGAGUGAGGCGAACUCUUUUUGUUAACUUUUUUUUCUAUAUUUCUACCAACCACUCAUAGAUACUGAGAUGAUCUAAAUGCCAAUUUAGCAUUUACGAGCCAACCAUCGACGGAUUUCAAAUUGCUUGUCGCAUUUUCUUAGAGUGUGCCUGAGUUGCACAUUCCGUACUGAAGAUGGCGCUGCGCCUGCGACGCGACGUACAGAAGGCCUCCUACUAUGUGUGGUUCCUGGGCGCCGAGGAGGCGAAAGGUCUGCGGGGCGCUCGCGUUAUCAACUCGGUUCUGCCAUAUUUGGUAGACAGAUCCCGCGGCCAGGAGCCGCUCAAGGUCACGCUACAGGUCUCCCACAAGGGCAUCAAGAUUGUUCAGGGGGCCUCGAAGCAUCUGAUUCCACACAGUGCCAUAACCAGCUCCGUGCAGACAGACGACAUCGUCGCCUGCGUGCUGCUGCUCUACAAUCCGGCCACCAAGUGUCCACUCCACGUUCAUGCCUACCGCUGCGACUCGGAGACGACGGCAGAAGCACUGCACCUUCAGCUGCAGAUCCUCAUCAACAGGCCGGACAAUCAGAAGCGUUUCGAGGAGCUAGAGACCAGAUUGGGAAUCCUGCCGCCCAUUCCCAUGAACGGCAGCAAUGAGAAACGUCACGAGUCCAAUGGCAAAUCCUCGGCUGGCGGAGGACCUGGAUCACAUCACCACCAACUGCAGUCACAACAAUCGGGAGGAUAUCAGGGUCGCAGGCACGAGACUUCGUCACCCAAGCGAUUCAGUAGCUCCCUGGGCAGCGACACGGGCAAUAGUACCCGGGAAUCGGAAUGUAGUGAAGACCAUGGCCAGGCCGGUGGUUCCUCACCAGUUUCUAGGUCGCCGCCACAUGGCAAACAGCCAAAUCAUUCCCAUUCACAUGCCCAUCCGCAUCCGCCACAUCCACUGCAUCAUCCGCCGUUGACGCCGCAGCAGAAUAGCGACCUCUUCGAUUCCCUGGCCGCCGAACUGAGGGCCAAGUUGAAUGGCAAUGGACCACCGUUGUUGCUACCGCCAAGGGACUAUGAUACAGUUCAUCGAUCCAAGGGAAAUCUGACGGCCAUUGAGCUGAGACGCUGCCGGAAUGCACUGAUUGUGGGCGGAUCGCCGAAGGGUCAAGUUCAGGGGACAGCAAACGCGACAGGCGGAGCGGCAGCCAAUGCAAAUGGCAAGCAGGUCUCCUCCCGAGGCUCCUCGGGUAUAGGUUCCGACCUGGCACCAAGUCCCGAGCGACAGGAACUCAACAGUUCCAGUGAUGACGAACACUGGUCGAAUGAGGCGGACAACUCGGUCAUCGCUCUGAAGCCGUCACAAAUCGCCCUGCCCCAUCAUGGGCAGCUCAAACGAAAGAGCGCCGUCCAGCCGCCGGAGGAUAGUUAUCUCCGUGAUCUGCCAGCCAAACCAUAUCAGCCGAGAGCUAGCGAAAGGGAAUUGGAGAGGGAAAGGGAACGGGACAGGGAUAGGGAACGGGAACGGGAAAGGGAUAGGGAACGUGAAAGGGAAAGGGAUAGGGAGCGUGAACGAGAUCGAGACCGAGAACGUGACCGCGAUCGGGACCGUGAACGAGAUCGUGAGCGAACCAAGACGCCAGCUUCCAUUUCAAACAAAUCCUGGAGUCGCGAAGAUGAGAUCAAGCCGAUCAUAAUGCGUCCGGCUGACUAUGAUGCCAAGUUCAAUCGGGUGAUGCAGCAGGAGCAGCAGCAAUCCUCCGGCAAUCAUCAGCCUGCAAAGCUACGGGACACGGACAAGUACAAUGAGAUCAAUCGGUUGCUCAACAAGAAGCUAUCACACGAACGGGAACGUAAGCCCAGGUCUCGCCACGAGGAUAAUCACGAUGAUUUCGAAGACUCAGAUCCGGGCAGUGAGCCUCUACUCCUGCCACACCAUCAACAGCAGUCACAGCAGGGUCCGCCACUGCAUCAUCACCAUCGCAAGGAGAAUCUCACCGAUAAGCAAAAGUUCAUGGAGUACACAACGAAGAAGCAGCAACUGCUCAAGAACUACGGUGGAGAUGAUCAGAGGUAUCGCCAGCGGUACGUGGAGCCCACAGAUCAUCUGCCCUUCGAGCACUCGGCGGGUGGUGUACCGCCGCCAGCAUCUGGUGGCUCAGCUGGUCACAAUAAAUACGCCGCCGUGCACAGGGGCACCGAUUUGGGUCAAAGGACCACAGAACGUCGACAGCAUAGUGACAGGGAACGUGCUGACCGGGAUACAGAUCGAGAACGACGAAGAGAUCUGGAACGUGAACGAGAACACUCCAGGGAUCGUAAUCCGUAUAGGGAGGCCGAGAGUCUACCCUACAUACAGAGCAUGGAGAAGAUGAUGAAGUCGACGGGCAUGCGUUAUGGCGAAGGUCCCAAUCCCAAGACCAGGGAACGGGAAAGGGAGCGAGAACGUGAACGAGAUCGCGAUAGGGACUUCAGGGAGCCACCGCCCACCCAGCAGAACUCCCAGCGUGAUCGUUUCCACGAUGCCAAGGACAAGUUCCGAGCCAUGGAACAGCGUCCGGCGGUCAACCGAUAUCCGGAUAUAGAUGAACGUGACACGCCACACAGAGAUCGUGAUCCGUAUAGGUCAUCAUCCCGCCGGCGUCGCGGUUCUGUGGAGCCACCCAGCACCUUCGAACAGUGGAGCGAGGAGGAGGAACCAACGGUGGUCAGCGAGAAAUCCAAUCAACGUGACCUUAACCGAUCCCGUGCCAGAUCCCGUGGCGAAUGGGAACCAGAACCACCACAGCCGCCCAGACACUUGGAGCGAAAUGUUAGGGAUAGAGAGCGGGAACGGGAACGGGAACGGGAUCGGGAUUAUAAUCGAGAUCAGUCCCGGGAUCCGUAUCGUCAUGAACGCGAAAGGGAGCGACCGGGUGGACGAGCUCAUUCCCGGGAAUUCUUACAGAAUGUGGAAACGAAAAAUCCAUCCACAACAGGCUCGAGUCGCGGACACAUGGAGCGCUAUCCCUCGCCCGCAGCCACGCCCAGCAGAUCUGGGGAUGUAGGUAAUGGUGGUAACGGUGGUUCUUCCGGGGGAAAUUCAGGCAAACCAUUAGGUCAGAUGCCCAAGGGCUAUAGACACAGCUACGCAGAGCCUGUAUUUGCUAGAUCCGGUGGUAGAGUGGGUCUGGCGGCAGUUAAUCCAUAUUGAUAGGGAUUCUUAUAGGAUCACAGGGGUGACCAAAGUGACCAGAAAGUGAUCUUUGAAUGGGGAAACCCCUGUGGCCAAAAGUUAAAACCGUGCAACGAAUUCCAAACUAAUCGAAUGGGCGGAAAAUAGGGGAAAAGUCGCAGAAGUCUUCAGGGUUCUUAAAAACUAAUUUUGAAAUUGUACUUAAAAAUGGAAAUUUCAAUAUUGAAAACAUUUUUAAAGUCAAGCCUUAACUGUUUUUGCUUCAAAGAUAAAAUCAUUUGAAUUAAAAAUCAGUUAACUGAUCGCUUUUUGCAUGUCUAAAGUGGAAAAAAGGGAUCAGGCUUAGGCAGUAUUAUUAGUUUUUGGGAAAUACCUAGAGAUUUCUGCGAUAAUCGGAGCUAAAAAGAAAUAUAAAACAUUUAGGCUUAGGAAAAAAGAACAACAAACAGUGGCAACUGCUUAUGACGACUGCAAAAACUACAAACCACAAAGUUUUCCGUCCAACUUGGUCAUCAUAAGCACUUUGCUAACUAUCACGUAUAAUCGAUAUACUCAAUUGCUAUAGCAAAGUUUGCCCUCUCCAUCGGGAUAUACACAUAGAUAUAUAUAUCUAAUCCUGUCCCGACUUUUAAACGCGCCUUAAGUAAGGGGCGAGAUCGUACCGAAAAAGAAAGGCGCCAGCCCCUGUAAUUAUGUGCCUUCACAGAGAGAGAGAAAUCGUGUUUUUAUUAUAUGCAUAAUACUGAUUUAGCUUACGAUUAUAUAUAUAUAUAUAUAAAUAUAUAUAUGAAUCUAAUGUUAUCUAAAAAAAAAACAAGCCAACGAAACAAGAAUCGGUUUGGAUUUCUUACCAAUUUUUUUUUUGUUUUUUUGCUACCUUAAGUUGCGCGGUUGGUUGGUGUUUAACCUUAUUUUUUUUUUGUCUCCGCAGUUCACAUAUGUCAUGAUAUCUGAUAUCUGUAAGCAUAUAAUAUAGAUAAAUAUAUAUACAACAUAAACAUAUACAUAGCUGAUGUAUCUAUUGUUAUCAAUUUGAUAUUUGCAUUAAUAAAGCGCUAGUAAAAAAUAUUAAUAAUCUUUUAUGAUACGUUUUUAUAUGGAAAAACGUAAAAUUAUAACUUGAAACUCUAAAUAACUAUCAGUUUUUAUAUAAAGAAUUUGAAAACAAAAAGAAUUGCUGAUAACUCUUCGACUGGCUGUUGAUUUUGUGGUCAACUUUCCGAUAAAGUUUUAUGUAAAGGACUUUUCUGAAUUUAGUAUGUGUUUUUGAUACAUUUUUUAACUUUCUUGACAGACUCUUAGAAUAUUUUUUAGUUUCAAGACUUCUUUAAGUGUAAUUAAUAACUUAUCGUUGUAGUUUAAAAGGAAAAACAUAAAAUUAAAAAGGAGCGCUAAAAACUAUCAGUUUUUAAAUAGAGAUUUUGAAAUUAGAGAAUUGCUGCUAAUUCUUUGACUGGCUGUUGAUUUUGUGGUCAAGUUUUUCUAAAAUAGUUUAUCCAAAGGACUUUUCUUAAACAUUAUAAGUGUUAUUGAUACAUUUUUUAACUUUCUUGGAAGACUUUUAAAAUAUAUUCCAGUUGCAAGUCAUAUUAAAAUGUAAAUAUUUAAAAACCCUGAUCAUUGUAGAUUUCUACAUACAAAUAAUAUACAUGUUAUUGACAUGCGAUCCACAGGCAAGGUAAAAGACGAUCCAUUCGUAUUUAACAUACUCGUAUGUAGAAAUCAUGGAUUUCCACCAAAAAGAAGAUACAUAAAAUACACACCAAAUCUUUUUGACAAUUCUACAUGAUCAUUACUUUUCCAUAAGCUUUUACCCAAGCCAAAAACUUGAAAUACAAAAACCUUGUUUUUUUUUUGUGUUUUACAUUUUUAUUGUUUAAUUUAAAAACUUUUU